CGCUUCAGUGCGGCUGUCCUGGGCCGUCGCAGCGGUCAAGGCGCGAGCGGCGGUAUGGAGCGGCUCCUUUUCUUUGCGUGGCUCCUGCUGCUAGAGCUGGCGGUGCCCCGGGGACUCGGGGCUGCGGAGACGGGAUCGUUCCUGUGCAGCCUUGGACGCUUCCAGUGCCUAGAGGGCAGCCAGGUGCCACUGUGCUCACGGUGUGAUGGACAGCCUGACUGCAAGGACGGCAGCGACGAGCGCAGCUGUCACAAGGGAAACGUCUCGUGCGGGCGCCGUGGGAAGCAGUGUGGUGCCGGAGGUCCCUGCCUGCCCUGGGAGCGGUUCUGCGACGGCCACCGGGACUGCCUGGACGGCUCGGAUGAGUCAGCAGAUGCCUGCGGUCACCCGACGGCUCUUUCCGCAGCGUGCCCGGCGGGCUACUUCCGAUGCGCCCCCGGCUCCCCCUGUUACACCCUGGCGUGGGUGUGCGACGGCCACGCGGACUGUUUGGAUGAGCGAGAUGAGCGGGGGUGCAGCUCAGAUGUGUCACCAGAGACUUCGCAGCCACCAGACGCAAACCACACAGAGAGUACAGUUGCCCCUGAAAUUAGUUAUAAAAAGGAAACUGCGAUUGCUGAGAUUUUGUUAUUGCCCCUCUUAGCUGCCACAGCCCUUGUGCUGGUGGUUUUAAUUAUGAUGACCUUUAUCAAGGCGGAGCCGUUCUCCUACUUCAUGCUAGAUAAAGUGAAGGACCGACUGAUGCUGGAAGCGCAGCCCUGAGGGACCUGCCACUCGCCACGUGGGCCUCCCCUCACAGUCCUGGGGACAUCUGCACAAAACUGGUGGGACUUUUUUGGGUGGCAGCCAUGUGGCGGAGCGCUGAAGGGUCACCUGCUGCAGCGGGGGUUCCCCUGCCGUCAAAGAAGCGAGGACAGCUUGGUACCUGAAGAAUCUCAGCACUUCUUUCUCCUGCAGUCAAGGACUUGAGAUACACGUCAAAGUGAAAAGGACACUCUCAGACGGGGUGGGGUUCCUUGUUCCUGGCUAAAGGGGCCACAGAGGGGCUGUACUGGACUGCUUGGGGGGAUUGGAGCCAGGGCUCCCACCAGAGUAGCCCCGCAGUUGUCACUCUUCCGACACUCCAUACGCCUUCCUCCUUCCUCCUCUCCUUCCUUAAGUUCCCUCCAUUUCAGUUCUUGCUGUUUCAGGGGGAUGUUCUGUCCUUGUAGCGUAUCUGUUGCAUUCGGUUUUAUCAGGGGCGCCCUCAGCAACUGUCCCUCCCGGGCUGCCAGAUCUUGUGUUCUCAGCAUCUCUUCCUUUUCUUCUGGUGCUCUGGCCUUCUCAAUCUCCAGUGCUUCUUAGCAGCAAGUUGCUGGCCCCGAGUCCAGCGCCCUGGCAAAUUGGCCACCAUUGCAAAAGAAGGAAUGGAGAACAAGAAUUAAGCCCCCAAGUGUUUUUGCACCUGCAGAGAAAGCUUUAAUAAAAGCCAUGAAUCGGCUGCCUCCAUGGAUGCACAAA